AUGGCGACUUCCAAUAUUCGUUUUUUGGUUCUGUCAGACACCCACGACUCCGCCUUCCCAUCGGAGCUUCCUCCGGCAGAUGUUGUCCUCCACUGUGGCGAUCUAACUAUGAUCGGCGGCAUGUCGAACUACAAAGCUGCCAUCAAAAGCCUUUUGAGUUGCGACGCUGAACUCAAGCUCGUGAUUCCCGGAAACCACGAUGUGUCUCUGGAUCCCACAUGGUGGGCCGACAAUGCAGAUGAAGACGACGAUCUCGAGGAGCCAAAAAAAGCGACUUAUCUUUUCAACCAAUCCGGAAUCAAUCUCUUGAGCGAAGGAUACCAUUCAUUCACUCUCAAGAACGGGCGUUCCUUUACUCUUUAUGCCUCGCCUUACACACCCGAGUUCAACGGAUACGCAUUCUCAUACGACCUGGGCAAAGCGGUCCGCGGUCCGACGCCAAUCUCCUCGGAAGUCGAUAUUCUGAUUACGCACGGCCCGCCACAGGUCCCAGGCGAAGACUACCGCCUCGAUCUCGACGGCAAGGGCGCCCAUUGUGGCUGCCCAAAGUUGUGGAAGGCGGUGCAACGCAUUCGCCCACGACUCCACUGCUUCGGCCAUCUCCACGAGGGCUACGGAUCCCAAGUGGUCGAAUGGCAUGCCGACGGGACACAAAGCAUUGCAGAUCCAGUCAUCAAGGAGGGGAAUAUCAUCAUGGUGCCAGAGAAGGAGGCACGCAACACAAUACUCGUCAAUGCAGCAAUCAUGGAUCACCACGGUGAAAACAACAAACCCUGGUUGGUGGACUACUAG